ACAAGGUCAAGGUACUUCGCAUACUUAAAAGAACUGCCCUGCCUCAACCCUCAACCUCUUGGAUUCUUGUCUCCUUUGCCUCCACAUCUCCAUCUUCAAGUUCCAUAUAGACCCAUCAAAACCAACUCACCCACCCCCAACAAUCAAAAUGUCUGCCGCUUUCGAGAAGGCCGUUGCCGAUUCCAAGAAGCUUACUUCCAAGCCUUCCAACGAGGAUCUCCUCGAGAUCUAUGCUCUCUACAAGGUCGCCACCGGCGCCGACUUCUCCAAGGCUGACAAGCCCGGCAUGUUCGACCUGAAGGGCAAGGCCAAGUACAACGCCUGGCAAAAGGUUGUCGACGAUGGCCUCUCGGCCGAGGAGGCCCAGACCAAGUACGUCGCCAAGGUCGAGGAGAUGAAGACCCAGUACGGCUACGACGAGAACAAGGCCCCCGAGGCUGUUGGCUCCAACUAAGGAGUUUAGAUACCCCGUUGAGCUUAUAAUAUAAUGCCCUUUACAAAGACCGAAGAGUGUCCGAGGCCAUGUUUGCACGCGGUCUGUGUGGAGUCUAAUCGGUGAUGGAAAGUGGUGAAGGCUCUUGUGGUAUGAUGGAAGCCGUAGUUGCACAAUCACAAGAGAUGGAUGUCGUGUCGAUCUUUGUCUGGACGAAAACACUCAGGAAGAUGCUGCUGAGGUCUUGUUAACAGUGGAAACAUCAAGUAUCGAGGUACACAGUUCAAGCUACCUAUGUCUUGUGUAUAUGUCCAGAUCUGCAAACGAGAAAUAUCUCCGUUUCCUGCGGGUUCAGUUACACUACAUUAGAAACGUCUGUAGGAUCCCGUCUGUACAAGACAAGGCAUGACAUGGCGGCUUGAGUCGCG